AGCAUGUGUUAGAGGAGGAGAGGCACACUGGGAGAGGGGGGAGACGGACAGAGAAAUGGAGAGAAAUCCUCAGCAAGCCCUUGAACUACAGUAACAAGUGGUCACUUGAGUAAUCACUGGUGAUUCAGAGAGAAAUAAACGUUCCCCGUAAUGGCGAGCCUUCCCAAAGAGCCGCCCGAGGAUGCCAAGAAAGAGAGCUUCUGGAUGCCGGGGAAUUAUGUGCGUACGGUGCACCGAACCGAUCAGUCCUUCCAGGCCUGCAACGACAUUGUGGCCUGCUUCAUGGAGAGAGCAAAGGUGGAGAAACAGUACGCCCAGCAGCUCAGCCAGUGGAGCAGCAAGUGGAAGUCCAUUGUGGAUUCUCGGCCACUUUAUGGCUCCCUCAUGAGGGCGUGGCAGUGUUUCUUUACCUCCACUGAGCGUUUGUCCGCCCUCCACUCCUCCAUCUCUCAGUCACUCAUCGCUGAGGAGGGGGACCGGGUGAAGACCUGGCAGAAGGAGACCUUUCCGAAGAAACUCUUCUGCGGGUUCAGGGAGAGCCACGGCAACAACACUAGUUUUUCACGUGCGCAGAAACCCUGGUCGAAAAAGCUGAUGAAGCUGGAGAAGGCCCGGGUUGCAUAUCACAAGUCCUGUCAGAGGGAGCAAACAGCCCUCGACAAAGAGAAACACGCAAACGAAAACUCUGAGUUGAGUCCAGAGAAGAAGCAGAAAAUCUCAGAUGCCAGGGAGAAGGCCACAGAGGUGAAAGACAAGACUAGAGAGGACUACGAGAAAGUGCUGGAGGACGUGACGUCCUACACGCCCCGCUACAUGGAGGAGAUGGAGGCCAUUUUUGAACAGUCGCAGGAGGAGGAGAGGAAGAGGAUCAGCUUCCUGAAGCAGGCCUUCCUCUCCAUCCACAGACACCUUGACAUCACUAAUAACGAGAGCGUGAAGGCGGUGUACAGCGAGCUCCACCACACCCUGAUGUCCAUCAGUGAGCAGGACGACGUCAAAUGGUGGAGGAACCACCACGGCCCUGGCAUGCCCACCGACUGGCCGAAGAUUGAGGAAUGGGUCCCACCAAUAAAGAAGCUAAAUAGAAAGAAGAGAGACCAGAAAAGAAAAGAGAGCCGGCCCGUGAUGAUUGGAGGAGUGAAGGUGCGAGCGCUGUACGACUACGUGGGAGAGGAGGGUGAUGAGCUGUCCUUUAAAGCAGGUGAAGUAUUCCUGAAGGUGGAGGAGGAGGACGACCAGGGAUGGUGUCGAGGAGUCCUGAGCGGAGGGAAGGAGGGCUUCUACCCCGCAAAUUAUGUUGAAGUUGUCGAGUGAUGUCACACUGUCCAAUAUGCUGCGUCCUAAACUUAUUUCGUUUUCAGAUCUUCUAUAAAUAACAACUAUUAUAUUCUUUGUAGUCACGCUCAUCCUGAGUUAAUGUCACAUUAGAAUUUGUUCUCAGCCAUUUUUGAACUGUAAAAUGUGUCAAGGCCUUAAUAUUCUAACCUACUUGGUUUGAGUACUUUAGCAAUAUGAAUGAACUUAUCAAAGACUAGAAUGUACUGUUUGUGCAGGAGCUGUAUGUGUGUGUGAGGGUGUGUGUGUGUGUGCACGUUAAGAUGAAACAAAAGAGAACAAGAGAAGAUAUUUAUUUACUGCCAUCAAGUCUGAGCCGUUAGGUCACUGCAAUGCAGAUAGCUGAUAAUGACACAUGGCUCCACUCAGGCGCAGGUUUACAAUGAUGUGUGCACAGGAGGUUGAUGUUUACUUAAUAAGUAUUAUGUAGAAGCACACAGAAGUUACUAUGACUGAGAGAAUGGAUUUUCAAAAUAAAAGUGUCAUUGUUUUGCCUGUGA